AUGCCUUGCCCUGUCCAGGUCCUAUGCCGGGCAGUCCGCACUGUGAGCCUGGUCCUCGUUUACUAUGUCUUCUCCAUCGGCAUCACUUUUUAUAACAAGUGGCUGAUGAAGGUGAGUCUGAAGCUGGCUCCCGCUCCUCAUGCGACAUAACGUGGUAUUUUGGUAUUUUAAGGCAGGUAGCCCAGUGGUUGGAGCGUUGGGUCAGUAACCGAAAGAUCACUGGUUUGAAUACCCAAGCUGACAAGGUGAAAAAUCAGUCUGUGUCCCUGAGCAAGGCACUUAACCAUUGUUUGCUCCAGAUGGGCCGUACUGCUAUGGUCGUCGGCCUGUAAAACGACACAUUUCACUGCACCUGGUGUAUGUGACAAUAAAACACAUAUGUGUGUGUAUAUAUAUAUUUAUAUACAGUACCAGUCAAAGGUUUGGACACACCUACUCAUUCAAGGGUUUUUCUUAAUUUUUACUAUUUUCUACAUUGUAGAAUAAUAGUGAAGACAUCAAAACUAUGAAAUAACACAUAUGGAAUCAUGUAGUAACCAAAAAAAAGUGUUAAACAAAUCAAAAUAUAUGUUAUAUUUGAGAUUCUUCAAAUAGCCACCCUUUACCUUGAUGUAUGUAUAUUGAUUUGCAUGCCGUGCCCAUGUAGCUGAACUCGCUGUCAAUGUUUGCAAAAUGUGUUCCCACCUCUCGCUGUGUCUCUCUAAGGGCUUCCACUAUCCACUGUUCAUGACCCUGGUCCACCUCACCGUCAUCUUCUGUCUCUCUACCCUGACCCGCUCGGCCAUGCAAUGCAGGACAGGGAAGCCUCGGGUCAUGGUGAACUGGACAGACUACCUCUCCAAGGUCGCCCCGAUCGGUGAGUGUGUUGAAUCACUACAUACAAUGGAUGAUUUUUUAGUGGGCACUCUUUGCAGAUAUUAGGGGUAUUUAUGCCAAACAGUUUGAGUUGUUUGUGUUAGUCCAGGUUACAUGGUAUAAUCGACAUGGACUUCGCUCUACAUCAUACAAGGCAUAGUCAAUCUGUGAUAAGAAGCCACUGUCUCCUAUUUUCCUUUCCCCGAAUCUUGGCUGUAACUUCUUAAAUGCACCUUACAGCUUGUCAGAUAUUACUGUUACAGAGUCUCUCAGUGCAAAUGUCUCUACUGUUGUCAUGAAUCAACAUGGUGCAAUGAAUAUGACCUAACUAUGUGAUUUGUUUUUGACAUUCAAGAGUCAUAAAGUUAUGACUCUUGAAUGACCACCUUCUUAUCUUUCCCUCACUGACUUUGUUAUUGACGUAGAUGUAAUUAAAAUCCUUUGGCGCUAGGAAUAUAGCAGUAUGCCGUGGUGUGAUCAACAGUCCUAAAAAGCUGUCUCUUUCAGCCAUGGCAACAGCGCUGGACAUCGGACUGUCCAAUUGGAGCUUCCUCUUCAUCACCAUCAGCUUGUAAGUGUGCGUGUGCGUACUAUGUAUACCUAGCUGACUUUGAUCUGUGGUUCGCACGACCGUCAAUGUUUUGACUGGCAUUAAAAAUGUGUCUUUGGUUGUGUCCUCCAGGUACACAAUGACCAAGUCUUCUGCAGUGCUCUUCAUCCUCUUCUUCUCAUUGGUGUUUAAACUAGAGGAGCCGGUAGGUCGCUUGAGAUAGGAUAAGUGUUGUUGUUUCUUCUUGGUCAUUGUUUAUCCAGUAGUAUCCAUGGGUGUUGCAUGACACAGAAUUGCGUGAAAAAAAAUUCAACAACUGCUUAGGCUGGGAUUCAAUCUGAUCUCGCUUUGUUUUCGCAAACGCACAUUUUAAAGACUACGUUCUUGCGUUCGCAGAGACCACAUUCACGGUAAACGGUGAAUAUGUAAACGCCCCACUCAUAAUUGUUCUCAUGCAGCUCCUAGGUGUACAGUAGGAAUGGCCUCACAUGGUCACCCCCUCCAACAUUCAUCUCUGUGAUACCUGGCUCAUUAUUUACUACAAAGGCGGCAAGACCUGCCUAAUUGAUGUCCCUGCAGUUUCAAGCUUUCCAUCUAGGAACUCAGUUUAAAAAAUACAUGCCAAAUUGAUUUUCCUACCAGCUCUCUACUUCUGCACUCACUUUUCAAUGUUAAGAGCUAUAUGAUUAAGUGAAUGGAUUAUGUUUUUAAUGCGUAGGAGGAAGUUCAACUUCCUAUGUGUAUUUAAAGGGAUAGUUUUGGAUUUUUGCAAUAAUAGUUUAGCAAAGGUAAUUUUGCGAGCCAAUGUUAACUAUCGUUAGCGCUAAUUUAGCGCAAAGACCGGUAGUCUUUGGUUCCAUUACCUCUAUGUAAAUCAAUGCAUGUAUCUGAGUUUCUAUGCCCUUUGUCAAAUGUCUGCAUGUGGACAAAAGCAAGACUUCUGUUCUGACCCCCCAAGUCGCUCUGUUUCUCCAGAACCCAUACUUGAUGGUGGUGGUCCUUCUGAUAGCCAGCGGUCUGUUCAUGUUCACCUUCAAGUCGACACAGUUUAACAUGGAGGGCUUCAUCAUGGUACUGCUGGCAUCGUUCAUCGGCGGGAUCCGGUGGACCCUCACGCAGGUCCUGAUUCAGAAAGCAGAGCUGGGUCAGUUACCACCUAGUCUCAGAAUCCCAAACCUAGGAAAACCGUGUACAGUUGUGGUCAAAAGUUUUGAGAAUGACACAAAUAUUAAUUUUCACAAAGUCUGCUGCCUCAGUUUUUAUGAUGGCAAUUUGCAUAUACUCCAGAAUGUUAUGAAGAGUGAUCAGAUGAAUUGCAAUUAAUUACAAAGUCCCUCUUUGCCAUGAAAAUGAACUUAAUCCCCCCCAAAAAUUUCCACUGCAUUUCAGCCAUGCCACAAAAGGACCAGCUGACAUCAUGUCAGUGAUUCUCUUGUUAACACAGGUGAGAGUGUUGACGAGGACAAGGCUGGAGAUCACUCUGUCCUGCUGAUUGAGUUAGAAUAACAGACUGGAAGCUUUAAAAGGAGGGUGGUGCUUGAAAUCAUUGUUCUUCCUCUGUUAACCAUGGUUACCUGCAAGGAAACAAGUGCCGUCAUCAUUGCUUUGCACAAAAAGUGCUUCGCAGGCAAGGAUAUUGCUGCUAGUAAGAUUGCACCUAAAUCAACCAUUUAUCGGAUCAUCAAGAACUUCAAGGAGAGAGGUUCAAUUGUUGUGAAGAAGGCUUCAGGGCACCCAACAAAGUCCAGCAAGCGCCAGGACCGUCUCCUAAAGUUGAUUCAGCUGCGGGAUCGGGGCACCACCAGUGCAGAGCUUGCUUAGGAAUGGCAGCAGGCAGGUGUGAGUGCAUCUGCACACACAGUGAGACGAAGACUUUUGGAGGAUGGCCUGGUGUCAAGAAGGUCAGUGAGGAAGCCACUUCUCUCCAGGAAAAACAUUGGGGACAGACUGAUAUUCUGCAAAAGGUACAGGGAUUGGACUGCUGAGGACUGGGGUAAAGUCAUUUUCUCUGAUGAAUCCCCUUUCCGAUUGUUUGGGGGCAUCCGGAGAAAAGCUUGUCCGGAGAAGACAAGGUGAGCGCUACCAUCAGUCUUGUGUCAUGCCAACAGUAAAGCAUCCUGAGACCAUUCAUGUUUGGGGUUGCUUCUCAGCCAAGGGAGUGGGCUCACUCACAAUUUUGCCUAAGAACACAGCCAUGAAUAAAGAAUGGUACCAACACUUCCUCAGAGAGCAACUUCUCCCAACCAUCCAAGAACAGUUUGGUGACGAACAAUGCCUUUUCCAGCAUGAUGGAGCACCUUGCCAUAAGGCAAAAGUGAUAACUAAGUGGCUCGGGGAACAAAACAUUGAAAUUGGGAAACUCCCCAGACCUUAAUCCCAUUGAGAACUUGUGGUCAAUCCUCAAGAGGCGGGUGGACAAACAGAAACCCACAAACUCCAAGCAUUGAUUAUGCAAGAAUGGGCUGCCAUCAGUCAGGAUGUGGCACAGAAGUUAAUUGACAGCAUGCAGAGCGGAUUGCAGAGGUCUUGAAAAAGAAUGGUCAACACUGUCAAUAUUGACUCUUUGCAUAAACUUAAUGUAAUUGUCAAUAAAAGCCUUUGACACUUAUGGAAUGCUUGUAAUUAUACUUUAGUAUACCAUAGUAACAUCUGACAAAAAUAUCCAAAAACACUGAAGCAGCAAACUUUGUGAAGACCAAUACUUGUGUCAUUCUCAAAACUUUGGACCACGACUGUAUGUCGGAACGUUGUUAAUGUGGGAGGCAACCAGUCUGCCUAUGGAGACUAGUUACCGACUGUCAUUGUGUUGUUGUUGGGUAGUUCGGUCGAUAUUGACCUUUUACCCUCAUAUCGGUAUCGGACGAUAAUUCAAUCGUAUGAAAAAAGGGAAUCUCAUGCUUAUCUGAACACUUGCGGCCAUUCUCAUGAUGUCAUUAUUGUCACAAUGUAUACAAUCAACAUUUGAAGAAUAGUUAUUGGACAGUUGCUCUUUUGGAUGGCACUUUAUGAGAAUCCAGUGUGAAAAAAAUGACAGCGGUAAUUGUCCCCCCCCAAAAUUGGAAUCGGACCCCAAAAACCAUAUCGGUCACGUUGGGUCUUGGACUUGUCCUUUUAUUCCCUGAUUAGGCAUUCAGUCCAGUAAACCCCAGCCUCUUCCACAUUCUACUCCACAGGGCUCCAGAACCCAAUAGACGCCAUGUACCACCUACAGCCGCUCAUGUUCAUGGGUCUCUUCCCACUCUUCCUCUUCAAUGAAGGUAAGACUUUUACUAUGCUCUCUAACCUGUCUGUGAUAGUCCAUGCCUGUCAGUCUGGGCAUGACAUAGUGCCUCUAUUUGUGUGUCAGUGCAGAACGAUUUCUCUCCGUCUGAUUCUUUCGACAGGGCUGAGCCUGAGUACCUCAGAGAAGCUGUUCCGUGUGAAUGAGCUCUCUCCCCUGCUCUACUCUCUGGCCACACUGAGUAUAGGCGGAUCGCUGGCAUUUGGCCUGGGCUUCUCAGAGUUCCUGCUAGUCUCAAAGACCUCCAGUCUCACUCUCUCCAUAGCAGGCAUCUUUAAGGUAUGGAGGAUAACCGUGUAUAUCACAAGUCACACUCUGUAUCCUUCUGCACCAGGGGUUUGAACCAAAAUUAUAUUCCAAUCGUUUCGUUGUGAACAGAACCAUUAUUUUUUGUGUGCAUUUAGCUCAACAUUAAAUUACUUCAACAAUAAGUUCGAAUUAUACCUACGGAGGAGCGACUUCUAUGAAGGAACUUUGAAUGUCUUUGAACUUCAGAGAGUUGGCUUAACGUUGGACCAGCUCGCUAGCUAGCUAGCUAGCUAACAAGCUUGAAGCUUGUGUGUGCAGAGCGGCACCUGAAUUAAAAUAAAACACACCUUACCUUUUUGUAGUAAACAAACCCAAUGUGAAAUGUGAUAACUAUAAUAUCCUUAACUAGCAUUGAAAAAGGUAAAUCAAUUUCUCUAAUUAAAAAUCUCUCCCAAAUUUCUGAAUCACGCUUGUAACGUCAGUAGGCUACUAGUCUAUGCUUCGGAGGGGACGGGGCAUGAGGAGGGGGCGGGGCAGGUAGCCUACACGCACACACUGGUAAAGAUGUUCAGCUGGCAGACAGGCAGACACUGGAAUAAGUUUCUAAGUGACAGAGUGAGGGCUUUGCAUAGGCACUUAGUUGCGUUUUUUUGUGGGGACUGGAAAAUAAUGCCCUGAACAUAAAAUAAUGUUAUACCACGGUUCCCAUGAUUUUAAUAUAACGGUUCUGUUCCGGAACAGUAUAGAUCACUUCGUUCCUAUUUCUGAUUCUGUUCCAUGACAAAUGUUGUUGUUUUACGGUUUUUCUGUUCUGUUCCCUGAACCGGUUUCAACCCCUGCUCUGCACACACCUGCUCCCUCACAUGAAUUGGUUAUUUUCACGCGCACCAUCUCUCCCUGUGUUUGUCCAUCUCCCCCUAAUUACCCUCCCGGUCCCCUGUAGGAGCUGUGUACCCUGCUGCUGGCAGCAGGUCUGAUGGGGGACAGGAUGAGUGGACUCAACUGGAUGGGUUUCGCUGUCUGUGUGUCUGGUAUCUCUUUA